CAUCGCCGGCGACCAGCUCGGCAACACAUGGAAGUACAUGGGAGGUUCUGAGUUGGAGCUGCCUGCAAGUACGAAGAAAGCGGUCCAGAGGCGCUUCAAGCAACGAGUCCAGAGCGUCCACCUUGGAGUCUGCUCUCAAUAUCAUGCACACUUAGGACUGCUGAAUCCAAGCUACGGCUGCACCCUGCCCGACGUCCACUCAACCCUCUCGCAACGAAGUUUGGGCGGUAAAUUGUCGCCAUGAAGCGCCUCUUCUCUGGUGGGUACGAUAAGCCUGCCUUAUCGGGCGUGCCCAGCCCGCCAGCGAACGUUAUCGCAGGGGGAGGUCAUGGAUCCAAGCUAUCCAUCAGCUCGCUCACAAGUGGCUCCGCCUCAGGCGCGGCUUCAGGCGGAGCAGGAGGGUCGGCAGCCAUCGCAGGCCGGUCCUCUCCUGGCCUUGUACACGUACCUUCACCGUAUGGCCAUUCAGCGGAUAUAUCCUCCCCAUCUUCCUUGCAGCAGCAGCAGCUUGCCGCUCGGACCCGUGUCUUUUCCAAUGCGAGCGCGGGCGCUGCCGCGGCGCUCGACAAUGCCAGUGAGCAGCCGCAGUACUUUGAUCGACCGUUUGCUCCCCCCGAGGCAUCUGGCACAAGCUCCAGAAUCAAUUCGACAAUGAAUGUAGCCGGGAGCGGCUUCCUCGUCCCAGUCUCUGGACAGCCCGUGACGCCAGGCAGCGGCGGCAUUCCCAGUGGGCCACCGAUCCCCGCCUACGCGGUCAGCACACCCAGCGGCGAUGGGUUCGUGAAAAAAGGCCUUGCUUCGACCCAAACGCCCCCGCAAGCGGCUGUGGCACCGAACUCUUUUGAUCGGAAUGACCUGCACAAGUCGCUGAAAGCGUUGGAGAACUUGCUCGUCUCGCUCGACGAGUAUAGAGAUCUGGCUGCUCGCAUGGCCAAGGCUGAAAAGAGACUGGCCAAGGCAGCGAACGAGUUGGCCAAAGGAAAGUUCACUCGGGACGUGCCUGCUCAAACACUGUCGGUCUCCGCGUCAUUGAUCGAUCUACAGAACGACGUGUCUGCCAAACACGCCAAAUAUGUACAAAAAGAAUACGAAGCGCUUAAUGAAUCGUGCGCCAAGUACUUCAAGCGUGUCGCAAAGGAGGAGAAGAACUACAUGGGCACAAUCGAGUCACUCGAUGCUAAAGUGAAGAAAGCGCACGCGGUGCACGAGAAGAACGCGAGCAAAUCCAAAUCCGGGCCUAAGGCGAUCGAAAGCCACGACAAGUACAUUGCGUCCGUGAGUCAGCUGACGAGCGAGAUCGCCGCGGUAAAGGAGAGGCACGCGCUCUCGCUCGGGGGCAAAGGGCACGUCAUCAACCUUGCCAUUGCCUCGUGCAUCGGUGGCAUGGCCGAUGCCGAAUUCCGCGCGCACUGCGAGCGCGUCCGUCGCACUGGCCCGCUCGUCGGACGCGUCAACGAGUGGCUCAACUUUGCGACGAACGAGGCUAUGCCCACAUUCCAGCCGCCCGAUUGUGCCGGCGGCGAAGACGAGUGGGGACCCGCCGCUGCGCUCGCUGCGGCUCAGGAGAAGGCCGAACUCGCUGCGGCGCAGCGCAGGGCCGUCGAAGAGGCCGCAAAAGAGACGGCGCAGCUCGAAUGGGCCGCUAGGCAGAUGGGCUGGGUCCCGCCGGAAGAGCUGCAUCGUGUGCAGAGUGCCGGUACCGAUGCUCUUGCUGCACAGCUCCAGCAGCAGCACCAGCAGGAACGGGAGAUAUGGUCGGCUACUCCAUCUUCUUCAUCGCAAGGAAGACAACAGCAGGAUUCUGUUGCUGGCAGCGUGCGCAGCACAGCCUCGAGGAGCGCGAGCUUGUCCUCGCAGCCGAUGGGCCUGCUGCCGAGGCUGGACAGCAAUGGACAGAUCAUCAGUGACAAUGCAGCGGAUACAUCCGCGCUCGAUCGGAGCUCGACGCAAAAGGCGGUUUCGUCUGUUGCUACAAAGCCAACGCCCACAGUAGUAGCAGCAGCGACAGCCUCUACAUCAGCGACCGUGUCUGCAUUGGCGUCCUUCUCGGUUUCUGCCGCCAAACCCUCAGCGCAAUCCGAGGCGAUAUGCAAGGACCACUCCAAGACGCAUCUGCGUGGGCAAGACUCCUCCUUUGCGGAAGGCACCGUCAUCGAGACGCCCCGCCUGCAGCCGUCUCAGUCCGACUCGGACGCGACGCCUAGUCUGACGAACAGCAACAGCCGCAUCGGUUCAGACGAUCCGAUACCCAGGACGCCGAACGCACAUAGCAGCGUGGUGGAAGACCUGCUUGCUGCUGGGGCUCUUCACGCUCCUUCUGCCCCUGCUAGGAGUGUAGCUGCGGCUGCGUCCGAGACGGAGCCUACACUCACGAAUGAUAAGAACAGCGCCGUACGCGUCGAAGGCGGCUUGCUCGGAAAAUUCGGAUUCGAACAGCGGGCAUCAGAAGAAGGCGAGAUCGGCGGCAAUGCGAAGGCAGCAAUUCAGUCUGCUUCUGCUUUUGCAGCUGCAGUUGCGCCUGCGCCGGUGGUUAAUGCUGCUGCAGCGGCAGCAGCGGUAGCGCGUCCAUCGGAGUCCAUUACUUCUGAGACCGACAAACAAAGUCAAGAAGCGCAUGUGCGUGCGGCUUCGCCGCCGCCUCUGCUAGACACGCAGCGACCUACGUCUGAGCGUCCAGCAUUGGGGCUUGUAGACGGUCUCUUGCUUCGCCAGUCACAGCAACAAGGUACCUCUGUACCGCCUGGUUCUUACCAAUCUGCAAGCGGGGUUGGUGGCACCGGAGGCCCGCCCGCUAUUUGGGAGCGCGAGAGAGUGCGUACAGCCGAGCAGGACACAAGCAACGGCAGACCGGCGCUGAGAAGCCCGCCUCCGGCGAUGCACACCGGGGAUGCGGUGGGCGAUUCGCCUUACCGGAAUGCGUACGAUGUCGGGUAUGAGUACACGAAGGUAACACCUGGCUACCGCAGCACAGGCGGGCAGGUCGCAGGCGUUUCCACCAGGGCUGCUGCUCCUGCUUCAGGCGUCGGAGCUGGCCCUGUUGCUGUCGAUGCCCCGCAUGAACGGCGUGGACCUUCUCAUCCGGAUCUCAGCUACGAAGCUACGGACCGGUACGCUCCCGCCGUCGGGAGCAGUCGCAUCGACGGCCCUACGCUCCACCGAAACACCAGCACGGACAGCGAACGCAGCUUUGUUGCGAGGAUGAAAGCAAAGUAUCAAGCAGAGAAGUUAGGGAUCGCAGCGCCUGCUACGGUUGUGCCGGAUCGCGGUCCGCCGUACGCUGAGCGCGAUAGCGCUCGGUACUAUCGCAAUCCAGCAGAUCGAGCAGUAUCGUAUGGCGCCCCGCCACCACUUGCUGGUCGCGCUUCGGCCAGCAGAAGUAGCAGUGCUGGUCCGCGCUACUCUGAACCACCACCCCCUCGCCACAGCUACGACCACCACAAUGGCUACGCUCGCGAUGAUUAUCGUUACGCAUCACAGUCUUCUCGCCCGCCGCCUGAUGCAUCUGCUUAUGAUGACAGGUACGGUGGACGCGCUGCACCGCCAGCAGCACCGUUGGCUGCCGAUGGGGACCCACCGCGCAGACCGCACGACAGCAUGCCGCCUCCUUUGUCUCCCGGUCGAUCAUUUCAGCAGGGCCUCAGCCCCCUACCUUCCGAGUUUGGAAGCUUGCGAUCCGAUCGUAGCCCGCCACUGCAGCAGCAGUCUCAGUACGCACAGCGUCCAACCAUGGGCCUCGUCGAUGAUGAGCCGCAGCAUUCAAGCGUGUGCGGUUGCGCUAAGUGUUCUGCGCGUCAUUACGGGUCUGGGGGUGGCGCAGCAGGAGGCGUAGGAAGCGGUGGGGGAAGCAGUAACCGGGGCACCGAUCCGAGGCGCUUCACUGCACCUCCGCCUGCUUCUCUAUCGGCAAGCAUGGGCGGCCCUCGAAGCACGAGCAGCGACGGGCGGCAGCUGAUGCCUUCUUCCUCAUUAUCGGCAGCUGUGUCGGGAGCGUACUACUCCCCCCGCGACCAGAUGAGCGGCGGUAAUAGGCAGUCCAUGCCGCCGCCUAGCAGGAGCGCCGGCGCCGGUGCGGGCGCAGGUGCAGGUCGUGAUGGCUACGGCGCGCCAUUACCGUCACUGCAGGGACAAGCGGGCCCGUACGAUCCCGAGUCAGUGUAUGGGAGGCGCAGCUUUGACGCGGACGGGCGGCGCGUCGCUUAGCCACGCCGAGACUGUUCGCUGAGCUAGUCACGCUGGAUGGCCAUCUUCCUGGAGAUUGGCAUGGCAGCUUCCUGAUUAUUCGAAACAGUGAUGCUGCUUCAUUGAUGAGGAACACAACAACAGAUAAUUGUAGUGCUCAUGGAUAACGGAUACGCUGCAUGCAAUUUCUAUUUUUCUGUUCGAA